GACCGUAUCAGGUACCACCUGAUUUUGUGUUUCCAAAGAGAGAUGGUGCGAGAAGUUGCCAACACCUGUACUUCUUCAGAACCUUAAAAAAUUGCGAAAAGGUCAAAAGAAACUGGUUAAUCUACUCAUAUAAAAACAACAGUCUGUUUUGUUUCUCUUGCAAACUUUUCUCCACCAAGAGCAUUCAUUUAGUAAAUGGCCUGACAGAUUGGAAAAAUGCAACAACUCUGCUUAAUUCUCAUGACCAUAGUCCUCUAUUCGCUGUUUUCUGGCUCUAGGCAUAGAUGGGCCAUCCUUACAACACAUGUGACUAUUACUCUGAAAAUGUGGUCUGAGACAAGAUGGGAGAACCGAGUGGAGGCUUUGAAACCCCUCCGAUAUGAAGUGUCGGGUGUGAGAGAGGCACUGCUUGAGGUGAGAAGCCAGACCAAAGACCCAGUCGUGAAGGUUGAGGCCCAGUUCUUGGCGGAGGAGGUGGGCUCAUUCCGCUUCUUGCUUUGCACAGUUAUCUGGUAUGACAUCUUGAAUGAAAUACAACAUUUGAACAAAGUCCUUCAGUCUGAAACAAUGCAGGUGAGUGUAGCGGUCAAUCUGCUGAGCCAUGCUGAAGUUGCUCUGCAGAGUUACAGAGCCACGGGCUUUGUGGCUGCACAAAGCUCAGCCAAGGACCUGUGUGAAGAAAUGAAUGUGGAGGAAGUCCUUACACAAAAGGGGCUGAGGUCUACAGACAGACUGUCUUCCUACGAGUCUCCUGAUGAGCCAGUACAUAAUGCCCUUAAGAAUCUUGAGGUGAACUUCUUUAACAUGGUUGUUGAUUCUGCCAUAUUUGCUGUGAAGGAGAGAUUCCAGACUCUUGGUGAUGUCGAGAAGAAGUUUGGUAUUCUGUCCAACUUCCAAAGCCUACCUCACCAGGAGAUGAUAGAGCAAGCAGAGGCACUUGGGCAUGCUUUGAGCUGUGGAGGACAGUCUGAUUUGGAUGGCAGGGAGCUUGCUCAGGAGUUGAAAAAUCUACCUGACUUGCCAUCACAGACCAUGACGGCUUUGGAGUUGCUGAAAUUCAUACAAGCAAAGCAGUUCCCUGGAAUUUAUCCAAACCUGUGGGUUGCUCUCUGGAUUGUUGUAACUCUACCAGUCACAGUAGCUUCAGUAGAGAGCUUUUCAAAAUCAAAGCUCAUCAAAACCUACCUAAGGUCUACAAUGUGUCAGGAACGCCUCAGCAGUCUGGCUGUAAUGAGUAUCAACCCUGAUGUUGUUGGUCAUAUUUCAUGUGAUGAUGUCAUAGAGGACUUGGUGGGGGGGUGCCAGCAGUAAAGCCUCAGUCUUCGCUGUUCUACAUUGUAACCUCGAGUCAAACAGCACACAGGCACUUCAUGUGUUUCCUGUGACUUUUUUUCCUUGAAGUAAUACUGGAAAUUUGGGCUCCGGGCCCCCUGUUGUCCUUUGAGUAUCUCACUGUAAAAACUCCUUUUAGCAAAAAUAUUAGCAGCACAGUCAAUAUGUUGAUUUUAAUGCUAUUUCUCAUAAAACAUACCAGUGAUUUGUAUAUGUGUUAGAUCCAAUAAUUUAAUUAAAUAUUGAUUAUACAUGUAUAGACCUGUGAUAGGCCCAUUUACCAUCUGCUCAUCCAUUUGUUUAGCAUGACUGCAGUUUGGGGCGACAUGCUGGUGCAGUGGUUCGCAUUGUUGCCUCACACCACUAGGACCAGAGUUUGACCCCUACCUUUGCCGCUUCCAGCCACGCCCUCCACAAGGUCUGUGUCGGGAGCUUCAUGGAAGCGUAAUGCCAAGCUUAGAUGGAGUGGUGUAAAUGUAUUCUGUGGACUAAGCGUGAGACCCCUACCUUUCCCGCUUCCGGCCACGCCCUCCUCCAUCCCCAUAAAUAACAGGACUAAGCGUGAGACCCCUACCUUUGCCGGUUCCACCCACGCCCUCCUCCAUCCCCAUAAACAACAGGACUAAGCGUGAGACCCCUACCUUUGCCGGUUCCACCCACGCCCUCCUCCAUCCCCAUAAACAACAGGACUAAGCGUGAGACCCCUACCUUUCCCGCUUCCGGCCACACCCUCCUCCGUCCCCGUAAACAACAGGACUAAGUGUGAGACCCCUACCUUUCCCGCUUCCGGCCAUGCCCUCCAUCCCCAUAAAUUUAUUAGGCUUAAUGUAUUAAACUUAAAAAGUCAAUUUUUUUAUAUUUGGACAUUAAGUACAUUUUACUUAACUCUACAUUUGAAACAAAAUUAAUAAGAUAAAUGCAUUAAAAAUAAUUUAAGGCAACAUGUUUCCGCACGUUAUUCUAGUAAAAUCAAGCGUCCCGUAUUCUUCCACGAGGGGACCGGUCCCGUAUUCUUCCACGUGAGGACCGGUCCCGUAUUCUUCCACGUGAGGACCGGUCCCGUAGUCUUCCACGUGAGGACCGGUCCCGUAGUCUUCCACGAGGGGACCGGUCCCGUAUUCUUCCACGAGGGGACCGGUCCCGUAUUCUUCCACGGGAGGACCGGUCCAGUAUUCUUCCACAAGGGGACCGGUCCAGUAUUCUUCCACAAGGGGACCGGUCCCGUAUUCUUCCAUAAGGGGACCGGUCCCGUAUUCUUAACGGUCCAGCAUGUCAUCCAGCUGGAGAGGCUGAGACUUUCACAGCGAUGGAGCUAAUCUCCAUUAUAGAAUUCAGGAGCAGCUUUCAGUUAUUAUUCUGCACUGAAUGUAUAAAUACCUUCUCAUUAUAACAAAAUGAGAAUAACUUAAAACAAUAUACUUUUAAAAUUAAUUAAUGUUGUGCAUUGUGAUAAUCAGUACUGUAACAACCAGAGCAUAUUCUAUUUCAUGAUAAAGGGCCGAGUAACCUGCCUAGUUUUAGCUCUUAAACAGCUACUAACCUGCACGAGGGUUGACAUUCCGGACGUUCCCUUUCAUGCUUCUAUCUUGCAGAGUCUUUGUGCUACAUAGCAGAGGAAGGCAGAUUUAAUUACUUAACUCCACGCCCACCAUAAAUGCAGUGAGCGCAGUACAUACAGACACACAGAUAUACAGACACAUUUAUAUUACACUUUUCCAGUCUUUUAUUGCCACUGUCCUGGCUUCAUGUGUUGCUGGCAUUAAAUUCAAAAUGAGCAUAUAUUAAAUAAAAAAAUCCCGUUUUGACAUCUGCAA